UGGCAGUGUUGUUAAGCACCGCCUCUGGUAUUUAACCACCACACCCUUCUCACACUCCAUAGCAGGGACUGUUCUGCACAGCAUCUUUUCUUUGUUGGUCACCAAGGACAUCAAGGAUGGCUUUGGUUUCUGAGUUCUUAGGUCAGCUCACUCUGAAUCUGGGUGGUGGGGAGCCCACAUACCCAACUGUGGUGCCAGCGGGUGAUUUUGACCCUGAUAAAGAUGCUGCCAGGAUUGAGACCGCUAUCAAAACUAAAGGGGUGGAUGAGCAAACGAUAAUUGAUGUCCUCACUAAACGGACAUACAACCAAAGACGAGAAAUCGCCUUUGCAUAUGAGAGGACAACCAAGAAGGAUAUGAUCUCAGCCCUAAAGGGGGCACUGUCUGGCUCUCUGGAAACAGUUAUUCUAGGCCUCAUGAAGAGCACUGCACAGUAUGAUGCCUCUGAAAUCAAAGCCUCCAUCAAGGGUCUUGGAACAGAUGAAGAGUCCCUGAUUGAGAUUGUCUGCUCUCGAAGCAAUCCAGAGCUUGUAGAGAUUAAGAAAGUCUACAAGGAAUUGUUCAAGAAGGACCUGGAGAAGGACGUGGCUGGAGAUAUUUCAGGAGACUUUGCUAAGCUACUGCUAGCUUUGGUUGAGACCAAGAGAGAUGAUCCUAGCUCUGUCGUCGACUACCAGAAAAUCGACGAAGAUGCCAGAGCCCUGUAUGACGCUGGAGUCAAAAGAAAAGGCACAGAUGUGAAAACCUGGAUCUCCAUCAUGUCACAGAGAAGUGUUCCUCACCUCCAGAAAGUUUUUGAGCGAUACAAGAGUUACAGCCCCUACGACAUGCAGGAGAGCAUCCGGAAGGAGGUGAAAGGAGAUCUAGAGAAGUCCUUCCUGACACUGGUUCAAUGCUUUGAAAACAAACAGCUCUAUUUCGCCAACAGACUGCUAGACGCUAUGAAGAGCAAAGGCGCAAAGGAAAAGUUGCUGACCCGAAUCAUGGUGUCUCGAUGUGAGGUGGACCUGAAAAAGAUCAGACAAGAGUUCAAGUUCCACCACGGGAAGUCUCUGUACCAGACCAUAGCUGAGCACACAAAGGGAGAUUACCAGAGAGCCCUGUUAAGUCUUUGUGGAGGAGACGACUAAACUGGACCAUCAUGGCUCCCGGCAGUCUCCAGGAAGGAUCACGAGAAGGAUUUUAACUGUGCAGGGCUAGACAUAGACAUCUGCUGUGCCUGGCCUUAAAUUUAGUCCCUACCCUACUGCAGCUUUAGAGACAGGCAAUCAGUAAACAUGCACUCGCUUAGACAAGAAUUAACCAUGUGUUAUCCAUUACGGACGAUUGCCCUUUGUAAGAUCUAAAUGUGCCAUAUUUGGUUUCAAACCCGAUCUAGUGAUAAGAUCAGCAGUAAGGUGAACUGUUAAUGUCACAUUUUAAAGUGCUUGGUUGUUGCAAAAUUACAUAUAUUGUACGUUUAUGGGCAGAAAUGAGUUCCUUUACCCCAUUUUCUAUGCUAAGGAAUAAAAAAGUGACACAA